CCAUUAGCUAGACUACAGCUAGAGUCCAGCUAAGUUUACAUUUCUCCAGUCUGGGGCAUAAGAAGAGCCUCUUGUGUUACAACACAUCAAUGGAAACUGAAACAACAUUUUGAUUUUUGAGGUAAAUGGUAUUUUUAUGCGGUUGGAUGCAUUUGGAACGAAGGAAAAAUAAGAUGUAGCAGGUAGCUCAGACCAUGGCAUUGGAGAGAAAAUUAAAGAAGUGCAUCUGCCAAUAUUUUGUCCCAUGACAACAUGUAUAUGUCUAGAAUGCAUGCAAACAACAAAUCAAUUAUGAACGCUGUUUGCCUUGCCAAAGCAACAACACGAUCACUCGAAAUGAGAUCCCUCCAUUCCCGUGUCACCUCUCCAACCCCCAAAAAACAACACAUUCCCGAGACUCCACCCUUCCUUCGCCUCCUGGAUGAAUUCCAUCAGCUCUGACCAUCUAGGAGUACACGGUUCAAUAUCAGCAGCUCCUGUUUUGAUCAGCUUCAACGCAAGUUUGAAAAUGUCCUGGACGCAGCCCUUUCUUCUCACCUGUCUCAUCGUAGUGCUCACCAUCACCUUAUUCGAAGGAGCAGACACUGCCGCUGUAUCAGAUAAAAAGAACGUAAAGGCAGCCGAUCCUCAAGGUUCACCGCCGAAGAUCUUCAUGUCGGAGGCAGACGCCUCCAACUUUUUCAAACGGCGAAGCAGGAGGGCUACGAAAACACAGGAUGAGAUAAAUGCCGAACAGAGGCAAAGACAGGCAGCAGAUUUGAAGAUGAGACAGUAUCAUGAAGAACAAAGAAAUGAGUUUGAGAAUUCCGCUGAAGAGGAACAUGACGAGCAAGAUGAGCGGACCAGAGAGAGCACAGAGCAGUGGAGAGAGUUUCAUCAUGAUGGUCUUGACCCUUCUUAUGAGUACAACCGACACACGGUCUAAAAAACUGAUAUUAACAACACAAGGAAAUGAGUAAAGAGCAGAUGGAGGAUUUUAAAAGUUACACUUUCUACAGUACUGUUCAAUCCAUGUAUGUAUGAUAUUUCUUAAAAAAUAUGUAUUUAUUCCAUGAUAAUCACAUAUAAGUUUACUCUAUUAGCUAUGGUACUAUAAUAUUUUAGUCUGUAU